ACACUGUGGACGAUACGUAUAUUAUGAAUUGGACUGCUUGUUGCAAAAUUCUUCGGGAUUAAUUUUGUUUUACCAUAAUAAAAUUUGAUUUCGGGCAUGUCGAAUCUUGCCCAUUCCUGUGAAAAUGAUCAAAAAAUAAUGUCGGAAAAUGUCUGCGAAAUCAAACAAGAAACUGACCAAUGUAAUGAUGGUCCAUUUAAUGAUGGUGAUGAAAAAAUUGACUCCAUCCAGUCUGCUCAACGGUUCCUCUUGGAUCGACUUAGUUCAUUAAAGUUUCAACCAAAAAAUGUCACUGAUGGUAAUCAUCAACCGACUGAUUUGUGGACCCAUCAUCAAUUACCUGAAAUGGCUCGAAAAAUUUUGCAACUUUUGUCACAAACGGUAAGCUGUGACCAUUCGUUUGAAGAUGAUAGUGAUGCUGAUGAAGAUGAUUCUGAAGCAUGGAAAAAUGACAAGUUGGAAACAUUGACUCAAUUCGUCAGAUCAUUUCUCGAUUUCAACAAAGAUUCUUUUGCAAUCAAUCAUAACCAUUGGCCAGGCGAAUAUUCCCAUAGUGAUACAUCUAUGACUGAUGGCGAAAAUGAAGAUGAAAAUGAACGAAUAAACACUCGGUCUACACGAAGACAACAACAACAGUCAACAUCGAAACAGGCAACUAGUUCUAAGCCAUCGCUCAAACAAAGAGCCAAAAAUAAAAACGCUAAACAAACUUCUCCUAAUUUAACGACAAUGAACGAGAAAGCAAUGGCUACCAAAUUGAGCACGGAUAAAUUCCUCAUUGAUUGUAGCUCAUCAUUGAUGUUAAAAUUAAAUUCAUCACAAUAUGAUCCAACAUUUCCAGUAAUGUAUGGUCUGGCAUUUAAUUCUUUUAGCUAUCCGGAUAAUGUUUUCGCCGUUUGUGGUCAAUCAUUGCUCAUAGUGUAUCGAUGUUUAUCAACGAUCGAGCAACAAUCGAAUCAUAAUGGUUUACAACCGUUGUUCGCUCAUACUGACAGUAAUGAUUCGUAUUACUGUUGUUGCUGGUCACAUGAUUAUCAACGUCCAGAUCAUCCGUAUCUAUGUGUUGGUGGUGAACGUGGCGUUAUCCGUAUCAUUGACGUACGGCGACAAUGUGAAUCGAAGACUCUAUAUGGCCAUGGUGCUGCCAUCAAUGAUCUCAAGAUUUGUCCUCGUGAUCCAUCAUUAUUGCUGUCCGCAUCAAAAGAUUCUGGUAUUCGUCUAUGGAAUCUUGCUACGAAUACAUUGAUUGCAAUAUUCGGUGGAGUACAAGGUCAUCGUGAUGAAGUGUUGGCCAUCGAUUUCCAUAGGUCACGUUCUUUAUUUGUUUCAGUAUCAAUCGAUCAUUCCAUCAAAAUAUGGUCAUUCCGUCAUCAUGAAGUUGCUCAAGCAAUCGAAAAAUCUCGUCAUUUCAUAUCGGAUCAAAAUGCUCAACAAUUUCCCACUGUUUCUCAACAUUUUCCCAAUUAUUCUACCCGUGAUGUACAUCACAAUUACAUUGAUUCCGUACAAUGGUUUGGUGAUCUAUUGGUGACCAAAUCUUGUGAUGAAAAAUUAAUCAUAUGGAAACCGGGGGCAAGCGAAAAUGAAACGCUUGAUGAUCUUGAACGACGAACAUAUUAUUCAGAUUCGGCAACCCAUGGAACACUAGAUUCUAGUGAUGAUUCGACUACAUCAAAUGUGGUAAUUAUUCGCCGAUUUGAUUUGGACCGUAAUAAUAUGUGGUUCGUACGAUUUUCGUUGGAUCUAAAUGAAUUCAUCUUAGCCAUCGGUAAUCUACAAGGACAUUUAUUUCUCUAUGAUCUUAAACAUUUUAAUCCCAGAGAUUAUCGCUUAGCAUUUGAGGUGCCUGUACCGAUUCCGACAAUUGUUUGUUCACAGAAAAAGAAUAAUAACUCCUUACCACAACGUGCAUACAGUCGUGUAAUUCGUCAGACUGCAUUCAAUGAGGAUGGUACCAUAUUGAUUGUAUUGGGUGAGAAUAGUACCGUUACCCGUUAUGAUCUAUUACGUGUUACUAAACCAAUGGUUCGAGCUUAUCUUGGUUCACUUCUUAAUCAAUGAAAAAAAUGAAUAAUGAAUUUUAUUUUACAUGAACAGAAUCCUAUAUACUAUUUGUAUAUUCAAUCAAUGUUUUUAUGUGACUAUAUUAAUAAAUGAAAAUUACAAAUUGA